CUGCGCCUGGCGCGCUCUCGCCCUCCUUUCUCUUCCGCUCCCCGGGGCUCCUCGGUGUCCGGGGCGGGUCGGCGGGCAGGUCCCUCCCGGAGGCUCCAUGGCUGCGAUCUUCGGCGGCGUGGAGGGGUGAGUGAGGCCGGAGCCGGCCAGGGACCCUGCAGCCAGGCAGAGGGGAGGAGAUGGGGCGCGUCCGCCUCCUACCUGGGCGCACAUGAUAUGGGAGCGGGGUCCCUGUUUCCCCCCAGCCUUGCCCUCACCUGGGCUGGAUCCUCAAAGGCAAACCAGCCAGAUGGGCGGGGUAUUGCUAUUAUUGUUGUCGUUGUUGUUGAGUCAUUUAGUCGUGUCCGCCUCUUGGUGACCCCCUGGACCAGAGCACGCCAGGCACUCCUGUCUUCCACUGCCUCCCGCAGUUUGGUCAAACUCAUGCUGGUAGCUUUGAGAACACUGUCCAGCCAUCUCAUCCUCUGUCGUCCCCUUCUCCUUGUGCCCUCCAUCUUUCCCAACAUCAGGGUCUUUUCCAGGGAGUCUUCUCUUCUCAUGAGGUGGCCAAAGUCUUGGAGCCUCAGCUUCAGGAUCUGUCCUUCCAGUGAGCACUCAGGGCUGAUUUCCUUCAGAAUGGAGAGGUUUGAUCUUCUUGCAGUCCAUGGGACUCUCAAGAGUCUCCUCCAGCACUAUAAUUCAAAAGCAUCCAUUCUUUUGGCGAUCAGCCUUCUUUAUGGUCCAGCUCUCACUUCCAUACAUCACUACAGUGGUACCUCGGGUUAAGUACUUAAUUCGUUCCGGAGGUCUGUUCUUAACUUGAAACUGUUCUUAACCUGAAGCACCACUUUAGCUAAUGGGGCCUCCUGCUGCUGCCCUGACGCUGGAACACAAUUUCUGUUCUCAUCCUGAAGCAAAGUUCUUAACCCGAGGUACUAUUUCUGGGUUAGCAGAGUCUGUAACCUGAAGCGUAUGUAAUCUGAAGCGUAUGUAACCCGAGGUACCACUGUACUGGAAAAAACAUAGCUUUAACUAUACGGACCUUUAUUGGCAAGGUGAUAUUAUUAUUAUUAUUAUUAUUGGCUCUCAGUGCUGCCCCUGCCUCUUGCGUUCGUUCAUUGACUUCCUCGCUUGCACGUAUCCUUUCUGCAGCUGCCCUCGCAAUCCCGGCUUGCAGGGCUUUCCAACAGCGAGGCUUGAAGGCAAAAACGCAGCCAGGCGCCGCAUGCGGGGAAUCCUAGGGUUGUAGAGCUGGAAGGGAACCCCGGAGGUCCUCUAGUCCAACCCGCUGCAGGGAUCUCAGCUGAAGCAUCCAUGACAGGCUGCCAUCCGAUCCCCGCAAAUGCAUUAGAAUGCAGCCUGUGAAAUGCGUCUUGGAUGUACUCAAGGGAAAGGUCCAGUGCUGAAUCCUCUCUAAAGCCACAUACUUCAACCCCCUUAGGAACACAGGAAGAGCUCUGCAGCUGGAUCAGGCCAAAGGGUCGCCCAGGACAGGCCCACGAUGGGGGUACCCACUUACAGUUCCCAUCAACCGAUUAUUAGAGGCUGAACACAGUAAUAAUAAUAAUUUUCAAUUAUAAUUUAUAUUUAUAGCUAUUGUGGCCGAUAGCUCUCUAUUCCACAAAUUUCCUGCUCUGAAAGUCAUCCAAAUUGGUGGCCAUCACUGUGGCAGGGAGUUCCACAGUCCAACUCUGCACAAAGGAGGACUUUGUUUUCUCCAUCCUGAAUCUUCCAGCCUUUCCCUUCAUGGGAUGUUCACAAGUCUUAGUCUUCUGGGAGAGGGAGGAAAACUUUCCUCUAUCCGCUUUCUCAAUACCAUGUUAUACUUUUAUAAGCUUCUGCCCUGUUGCCUCUUCCUUGCCUUUUUUAUCAAUGAAAAAGUCCCAAACUCUGUGACCCUUCCUGGUAGGAGAGUUGCUCCCCCGGAGAGCUCCGUCGGUUAGAGCCUGGUGCUGAUAAAACGCCAGCCUUGCAGGUUUGAUCCUGCUGCAUAUUCCUGCUUUGCAGGGGUCAGUGGUUCUCAAUUGUGGGUCCCCAGAUGUUUUUGGCCUACAGCUCCCAUGAUCCCUAGCUCACAGGACCAGCGGUCAGGAUGAUGGGAGUUGUAGGCCAAAAACAUCUGGGGACCCAAGGCUGAGAAAGGCUGGAAUAGAUGAUCCUUCCAACUCUCUGAUUCUUUAUAUUUUGGUGGCCCUUUUUCCAGCUCUACUAUCUCCUUUCCCAGAACCACACAUGCUGUUCUUCCAAGCGCACCACAGAUUUGUAUUUGCACAGAGCGACAGGUGCUCAGAUUAAUGAAUUUUCCAUUUCUCUCGCCUCUGCUCUCCCAGAGCAGCAGACACCGUUUGAAACGCUAUGGCAAAAUCAUUUUAAAAAGCAAAACCUGUCAUAUGCAGGCAAGCGGGAUCCAAACAGAGAUAUCCAGGAGGCAAAUGAAAAGGCCUUUGCCUGUUGCUGAAAGGAGAGUGUGCAGGGCACCAGGGGAGGGGUCCAAAGCGGGGGGGGGGGACCUGCGGCAACAGAUUCCCAUCAACCCCUGACCACCCUUUCCUGGGACUGAUGGGUACUGGAGUCCAGCAACCAAUGCAGAGCCUUGGAAGCCGCCCAGAGGGGCUGGAGCAACCAGAUCGGUGGGGUAUAAACAAAUAAAUAAUUCUAUAAAUAACGGAAUCUGUUCCACUGUCAAGCAGCUUUUGUUGUCGUUGUCAUUAAUAUCUAUCAUCUAUCUAUCUAUCAAUCAAUCUAUCUAUCUAUCAUCGCCAGGCAUCUUUAUUGGAAGUUAGAAAGUACAUAAUUAUAUGUGCACUAAACAUGGUGAGAGGGAAGCGGGUGGCACUGUGGGUUAAACCACAGAGCCUAGGACUUGCCAAUAAGAAGGUCGGCGGUUUGAAUCCUCGCGACGGGGUGAGCUCCUGUUGCUCAGUCCCUGCUCCUGCCAACCUAGCAGUUUGAAAGCACGUCAAAGUGCAAGUAGAUAAAUAGGUACCGCUCCGGCGGGAAGGUAAACGGCGCUUCCGUGCGCUGCUCUGGUUUGCCAGAAGCGGCUUAGUCCUGCUGGCCACAUGACCCGGAAGCUGUACGCCGGCUCCCUCAGCCAGUAAAGCGAGAUGAGCGCCGCAACCCAAGAGUCGGCCACGACUGGACCUAAGGGUCAGGGGUCCCUUUACCUUUACCUUAAACAUGGUGAGACAUACAUAAAAGAGAGAAAAAGAAAAAGAGAAGGGAAAGUGAAGGGGGGACGACGACCCAAAACUAUACUUCAAAAGUUGUUAUUGCAAUAACAAAGUUGCUGCUGCUGUUGUUGUUCUGGUUGUUGUUGUUCCUGGGUGGCUGCCCCUGGUCCAAACAGAGCCUAUGAUCCCUUUAUUCCUGUUCUAUGACAUAUUAUUCUUUUAAAAUGUGGUUCUUAUUCUUCUUACUUUGAGGGGUUCUCUAUCGCUUUCUAACCCUGGGUUGAGAACAGUGGAAGCAAAAGGUGGAGAAAAAAGGGAAGCUGAUGUCUUAGGAACCGGGAAAUCCGAUGAUGGCAACAGUGCAAGUGCGUCUUGGGGCAGGGCUAUAACUGGAGGAGGAACCUGGGUGUUCUGCAGAGGCAAGAGACACUGGCCUGCUGCCCAGUUAGAGUUUCGCUUCCUCCAAUUAGUGCUGAGGUUGUCUGAAAGGUCUGUCUCGGCUGCUUUCUUGAGGCCGUGGGUGUUGCUGGAGGGGUGCAGAACUCAGCUUUGCUCCCUGCCCAGCUUGUCAGCUGGAGGGUUUCAAUCGAACAUGUGUAUUCUUGUCUCAUAAAUCUCCCGCGUGAUCCGCAGAACCAAUCUCAACAGGCCACGUCUCCAACGGGAACUGACUCUUGCCCUCCAUUUCGGGGUGCUGUUUUUACCCCAAUGUCUCACGUGGCUUGAAGUGGCAGGUGGUUAGAGGCGAGGGUGAUGAUUGCCUGCCAGGUGUACUGAGGGAUGCAGGAAGUUAAAUUGCACAGAGUUCGUGGGUUUUUUCUUAUUACUAUUGAUUUCUGUGCUAUCACGAGGGAUGAGACUUGGCAGAGAAAUCUUGGGUUUUGAAAGACCCGGGUGGAGCUGUGCAUAGAUCUUUCGGCAGGACAGAGUUCUAACAGCCUUUUUAAUACAAAGCACCUGCCUCAGAUUCUUAACAUUUAUUAUGUGCUCCUUCCUUCCUCCCUCCCUCCCCCCAACUUCCACUUCUGGUUUGUUUCUCCUUUCACCCACUUUGCUACCUCCUAACAGAAAAAAGUUAUCAAUAUCAAACCUAAAAAGAUAAAAGUAAAUACACCAUAAUAUUUCUCUAUCUUUGAAACAUUUUCUAAUACUAACAGUGUGAAUGUUUAUUUAAAUCCUGCCAUCAAGUCUAUUGACUUUCUUUGUUUCUGCAAGUAUAAUAUAAACGGUUCCCAUUCUUUUUCAAAGUCUCUGUUGUCUUUUUCUCUUAGUCAGUCUGUCAUUUUUUGCCAGUUCUGCAUAGUUCAUCAACUUCUCUUGCCAUUGUUCUUUAAUUGGUAUUUCUCCAGUCUUCCAGUUUUGUGCGAUCAACAUUCUUUCUGCUGUGGUAGCAUACAUAAAUAAAGUCCUCUUUUCUUUUGGUAUGUCUUGGCCAAAAAUACCUAGUAAGAAAGCUUCUGGUUUUUUUUACAAAAGUUAUUUUCAAUAUUUUCUUCAGUUCAUUAUCAUUUCCCAAUAGGCUUUUACCUUUUUACAAUCCCACCACAUAUGAUAAAACAACCCCACUUUCCUUUUUCAAGGAGCUUUCCUUGCUUCUAGAUCUUAAACACGCAGGUUUCUGGCUUUGGUGCUGGGCUGCAAGAAGGGCUUGUCAGUUGCACGCGUCUCUGCCAUUUUGGGGUUUCCAGCACAGCUACAGUUGUGUUCAAGGAGACGGGGUAGAUGUGAGCGAUGCCUGGAUCUCUGCAACUGUUCAGCGCUAAAUACGCUGCAAAGUUGUCAAAUCUACGAGAUUCCUCUGUCACAGGCAGAUGUGUGGCUUGGCUGUGCAUCGAUGCACUUGGGUGACACAAAUGGACACCCAAACCCCUUUUGGGAUGUUUGCAUGGGGAACAAAAAUAGCUUCUAGCCUUAUGAAAAACGAUGAUUUACGAGACCAUAAUUCAGCGCUGGAGCAUUUCCUUGGCACAGAAAAUGUCUCGGGUUCAGUCCUUGACAGCAGGCAGAGCCGAGAAAGACUUCCCUCUCUGAAAUCCUGCAGACAGUUGGCAUAGAGCAGAGGUCAGCAAACUUUUUCAGCAGGGGGCCGGUCCACUGUCCCUCAGACCUUGUGGAGGGCUGGACCAUAUUUAGAAAAAAAUAUAUGAACGAAUUCCUGUGUCCCACAAAUAACCCAGAGAUACAUUUUAAAUAAAAGGACACAUUCUACUCAUGUAAACACAUGCUGAUUCCCAAACCGUCCGUGGGCCAGAUUGAGAAGAUUGGGCUGGAUCUGGCCCCCGGGCCUUAGUUUGCCUACCCAUGGCGUAGAGAGUGCUGCAGUGCAUGGGACAAUUGUCAGACUUCUCCUGAGGCAGCUUCUUGCAAACCCAGUGAUGCAAAAAGGAGCAGCCCAGCCCAGCGUGACUUUGGUUGCUCAAUGGUCAUGCCCAGUUUUGCAAUUAUGGGCUGCAUCUGUUUGCAAAAGACGGCACAGCCAGCUGCUUGUACUCUGCAGAGAACAUCAUUUAGCUCCCCACUUAACAUUGCUCAGUUGUGUUUAUGGCUGCAUGUGGAGACUUCGCAGUGGGUUGUGUUGCUCAGCUGUCGCGCCAACUCUGCAUGAAGCAGAUUGUGUCGAAGUCUCUUUUUCCCCCAAAUUUUUUUAUUACUUUUCCAAUAAAUUUUAAACAAACAAAUACACAAACAAACAUAAAUCUCAGCAUAUUUAAACCAAUCUUAGUAACAUUAUUAAGUGACUUCCCCGUAUCCCCCUUGUUGAAUUUCAGUGUAUAUCAUUUUAACAGUUUUCCAAAACCAAUGUUCUUAUGAAAUUAACUUAAUCACUUAACAUCUUUAUUUCAUUCAAAUUUGGCAUUAAACAUAUUAAUUAAUCACAUUACAUAUUUAAAUCCUAAGCCUACCUGAUAUUUGCAAGCUUUUCCAAUUAAGUUAACUUAACAUAUUUAACUAAAUAGUCUUUAAAUUCCGUCCAUUCCUCCUGGUAAUCCUCCUCUUUCUGGUCGCGGACUCUUCCGUCAGGUCGGCUAGCUCCAAAAAAUCCAUCAUCUUCAUCUGCCAAGGUUUUGUUGAAGUCUUGACGAAAAUCUGAUUCUUUAAAAUAAAAUAAAAAAGUUUGAUGCCUUAUUAGGUUUUAUAUGUUCUGUAAGCCGCCCAGAGUGGCUGGAGGAACCUAGCCAGAGGAGUAUAAAUUAUAAAAUGAAGAUGAUGUUGAUGAUGAUGUCUUUUACAUGGAGCCCAAAGAUGGCUUCGAGAUUCUCGACGCUCAAGGCGUGAGCAUCUUUCCCCAGCAUCCUCUUGUGCCAGUGUUAGAAACUCAGAUACAUAAUGUUGGAAAUGCAAAGAAAAAGAAGGUACUUCCUAUCAUAUGUGGUGGACGCGUCCCAAGGUGAAAGACUUCUGGGAAAAGAUAUAUAAUGAGUUGAAAAAAAUGUUGAAAAAUACAUUUAUUGAAAAACCAGAAGCCUUUCUACUUGGAAUAAUAGGAUUGGAAUUGCCCAAUUAGACCGUUUUUGUAUGCCACUACAGCGGCAAGACUUUUAUUAGCCAAAAACUGGAAAUCGCAAGAGAUACUAACAAUAGAAGAAUGGCAGAUGAAGAUGAUGGAUUUUUUGGAGCUGGCUGACCUGACUGGAAGAAUCCGCAAUCAGAAAGAAGAGGAGACACAAGAGGACUGGAAGAAUUUUAAAGAAUAUUUGGCUAGAUAUUGUAACAUAAGAUAAAGAGAAAUUUCUUGGAAGUAAUAAAUAGCCUGAGGGGUAGAAUAAGAAUAUGUUGUUUAUAAAUAUUAAGGAUUAGAAUAUUAAUAAAGGAGAAGUUGGUAAAUGAAAGAAGUUAAUAUUAUUAGAAAUAUGAAUUUGGAGAACUGCUAAACAGGUGAUAUAAUGAAAUUCACUUAGAGGGGAUUCGAGGAAGUCUGUUGUCAAUGUAAUGAACUUAGGAUUUGGGAGUAAAAAUUUUUGGAUUUUGGGAGUAAAAAAUCUUUUUUUAUGUGCUUUUCUUUGUUCUUGUGUAUUGUAAUGUUCUCCACAUUGCUCUUGCUGGAAGGCAAGGUUUCAAAAAGUCCUCUCUUUCCUCUGUCCCGAAUCUUCCACCGUCCGGCUUCCUCGGACGACCGCGGGUUUUAGUGCGAGGAGAGAGGGAGGAGAACUCGUCUCUCUCCACUUUCUCCAUGAUAGGCAUGAUUUUAUGAACCCCUGUCGUGCGGCUUCUGACUCGGCUAUUUUGGCUUUUGUUUCUCCCCCCACCGCAGGGGAGGGACCCACUCCCAGGUGGUCCUGAUCUCUGAAGAUGGCAAGAUCCUGGCAGAGGGCGAGGGGCCUUGCACCAACCACUGGGUAAGUAGCCCCACCGUGGCUUCAGAGGUCAUAAAAUCAUAGGAUAGUAGAGUCGGAAGGGAUCCCAAGGGUCAUCCAGUCCAACCCUCUGCAACGCAGGAAUCUUUUGCCCAAUGUGGGUGUCGAACCCAAAACCCUCAGAUUAAGAGUCUUAUGUUCUCCCAACUGAGCUAUAUGAAUGUUUGGAAAUGCCUCUUAGUCUAGGGUUACCAGAAGUCCCUGGUGCCCGGGGACAGUCCCCGGAUUUGCAAAUCCAAGGAAACGUGGCAGCGGCAGCCUCAGCAGCCUGGAGCCAGCUUGGUAGCGCAGUUGGCUCUGGCUGGCUUCAGGAGCUGCUCGCUGCCAUGGCACCCACCAUUUUUCCUCGCCAGAAGUCCCCAUAUGAUGUGCUGCUGCCACUUCCAAAGGGGAACCGGGAACGUCUGGCGCUACAGAUCUCCUGCUGACUUCCCCCUUUGUUUUGACUUAUUGGGGGAGACUUGGGAGUUGCAGGUGGUUGGCCGUUGCCCAGUUUUUUAAAUCCCUAUACGGCCUAGAACCCUCGUACCUAUGGGACCGUCUCUCCUGGUACGUCCCACGGAAGAUCUUAUGGUCUUCAAACAAAAACAUCUUGGAGGUCCCGGGCCACAGGGAGGUUAGGCUGGCCUCAACCAGAGCCAGGGCUUUUUCGGCUGUGGCUCCAAUCUGGUGGAACGCUCUGUCACAAGAGACUAGGGCUCUGCGGGACUUGACAUCUUUCCGCAGGGACUGCAAGACAGAGCUGUUCCACCAGGCCUUUGGCCAAGGCACAGUCUGACCCCCUCCUUCUGUAAACCUCACAGAACUCUAGCCCAAUGGUUGCCAUUAAUUUGAUAUUUAAUUCAUUUUAGAAUGAAUUGAUUUUAGAAUGCUGUGUUACUUUUAUUGUUGUUAGCCACUCUGAGCCCGGCUUCAGCUGGGGAGGGCAGGAUUUAAUAAAAAUUUAUUAUUAUUAUUAUUAUUAUUAUUAAACUCUGUGCAUUUAUGUUUCACAAGGCACGAAAGAAGGGCUUUGCACCUUGCCUGGCAGAGAAACCUCACGUCUUGUGCCCCUCCUGGGCAACGGCCGCCCGCCUGCGACUCCUGAGCCUCCCCCAAACUGUCAAAACAAAGGGGAAAGAAGGCUUUAGAUUGGGAGUCACAGGCGGACAGCGCGCUGUUACCCAGAUUUUAAAAAACUCUGCGCAUUUAUGUUUCACAGUGUACGAAAGAAGAGCUUUGCACCUUUAUACAAUAUGCAUGCGUGCUUGGGCCAUAGCUGUCAACAUUUCCCUUUUCUUGCGAGGAUCCUGUUCAGAAUAAGGGAAUUUCCCUUAAAAAAAGGGAAGCAUUGACAGCUAUGGCUUGAGUCCAGGGUCUUUUGCCUCACCAUCCCCACUACUGACUCCUUGUUGCUACUCAUCUAAAAAAAAAAAAAGUGUCCCAGAUUCAUUGAAAAAAUUCUGGUAACCAUAUCUUAGUCACAAGGGACUAAGUCCUUCUUAGAAAGGGAAGCAGUUAGGGUUGAUCUUUUUUUAAACUGAAAUCAUUCAAUGUCUUCCCCCCCUCAUCCCCCCCCCUGUAUCUCAGGCAGCAACAGAGACAACUUCCUAGAGUAAUGUAAGGAUCACAAUAAAUCUUUGUUCAUAUCCUGCAAGACGGGAUAUUCACAUCCCUGGGAGCAACCCAGCUCAAGUGUUUUACUGUUAUUGAUUGAUUUGUUCAUGGCAUUUAGACCCCACCUUUGGCUCCCAGGUGGUGGCAAACGCAGUUCUCCUGCCCCAUCUCAUUUAAUCCCCACAACAGCCCUGUGAGGCUGGCUGGGCCGAGAGAAAACAUUGACUGGCUCCCGAGAUCGGGCCCACUGAGCUUCAUGGCCGAGCGAGGAUUCGAACCCUGUCCUCCACCCAGGUCCUCGCCCACCACUCUAACCACUACACCACACUGCUGGGGCCUCGCUCUCCUUUUGAAGCCCUGCAUCGCACAUCGUUGUUCACCCUGAGCAGCUUUGUGUGCCGAGAUGAGUGGCUGCGCUCAUUUGGCCUGCCAAGUCUGUGCAGGUCCCGUAUCUGCUAAGGGACAGUUAGCUCCAAGUGGAAUGCUGUAAUAAUAAUAAUAAUAAUAAUAAUAAUAAUUUAUUUAUACCCCGUACAUCUGGCUGCGCUUCCCCAGCCACUCUGGGCGGCUUCCAACAAAAUAUUAAAAUACCAUAAUGCAUCAAACGUUAAAAGCUUCCCUAAACAGGGCUGCCUUCAGAUGUCUUCUUAAAGUCUGGUAGUUGUUGUUCUCUUUGACAUCUGGUGGGAGGGAGUUCCACAGGGUGGGCGCCACCACCGAGAAGGCCCUCUGCCUGGUUCCCUGUAACUUGGCUUCUUGCAGUGAGGGAACCGCCAGAAGGCCCUCGGAGCUGGAACUCAGUGUCUGGGUAGAAUGAUGGGGGUGGAGACUGCUGCCUCGCUCCCGACAGGGAGAUGCCCAUAUCCCGGAAGGGCCCACUGAGGAUGGGAUGAGUUUCUCCUUCCUUUCCAGAAAGCUAGGAUAGGGGAGCAAGCGGUGCCUGUCUGUGUGUGGCUGUCUGUGCCUUUAAGUUUGGGGUGCGGCGCUGAUUGGGGUCUCCUUGCUUUCUCCCCUUGGCGAGCAGCUGGUUGGGGCAGACAGAUGCCUGGAGAGGAUCAACACCAUGGUCAGCGAGGCCAAGGGCAAGGCAGGGGCUGAUCCACAGGUUCCACUGCGCUCCCUGGUGAGUAUCUUCUCCUUUGCCAAGCGGGUCCCCAUUGGCCAUUAGGACAUAAGAAUCUGCUGGAUCAGGCCAGGGGCCAGCAAGCAGGAUCCAAGCUGCUUCUGCCGGGAAGCAGCAAUUGCUUCCAAGCCGCAGUAGCCACCCCUCGUGUCUGGGGGUGUUUGUGUCCCCAAGGUUCUCCAGAAGGUCCCUGGUGGUUCCUCAAUGGGAUGAGCGGUUCCCGACCCCUUGGUUUCAUAAACCCCACCCUUUAAAAAGCCUUAUUCAGAAGAGCGGUUUGCCCAACCCGCUGAGGAAGAUUAGGAACACAAUUCAAAACAGCGGCGACCAAUUGCACAUUUUUUGGAAAUCCGGUUAAAACUAUUUAGUGUAAUAAGUUCAAGAAAGUGGAUUGUAUUUGAUGCAGUGAUGCAGUUUUUCCAUGUUGCCUCUUAGCGCCCCCCCCAGUAAUCCCCCCCCCAGGGGGCACUACCAUGCGCUUUGGGAAUCACAGGUUCAGACGGUUGGGUAUCCAUGAGAGAGAAAGUUUCUCCACUGCAGUCUAUCUUUUCCCACAGCGUCUAGCUUCAAAGAAGUGCUGAGCUUCUUCCAGAGAGAAUUGGGGAGCCUGGCAGCUCACCCCCCCAAUAAACUAUGGGGUACACCUUGCUGUGCUCCCCAGAGUUGUAAUUCUAGAGGAGUCCCAGGUAGAACCAGCUGCAGAAUUUGCUUCAGGUGGAGCACAACUCCUCUGAAAACUGAGGUGUGUCUUGUGUUCCGGUGGGCUUUCCGAAAACAGUCUUCCUCCUCACAAGCAAUCCCCCCCACCCUGGCCCAGAUGCUGGCGUCUGGGGCUGAGCCAGGGUUGGGCUGGUGACGGUGUGGGUGUUUUGGCGCAGGGCCUCUCUCUCAGUGGAGGGGAGCAGAAGGAAGCCAUCAGCAAGCUCGUAGAGGAGAUGAAGACGCGCUUCCCCUGCCUGAGCCAAAACUACUACAUCACCACGGAUGCCAUUGGAGCCAUGGCCACAGCCACCGACCACGGUAAGAGGGAUGGGUUUUGUGUCUUCGCGCAAAGAUAGAAUCACGGAAUUGUAAAGCUGGAAGGGACCCCGAGGGUCAUCCCCCAAUGCAGGAAUCUUGGCUAAAGCAUCCAGGACAGGUCACCACCCAACCACGGCUGGAUCCGGCCAGCACCCAUCUUACUGUCAUUUUACUGGUGUUAGUCGCUCUGAGCCUGGCUCUGGCCGGGGAUGGUGGGGUAUAAAUAAAUUAUUAUUAUUAUUAUUAUUAUUAUUAUUAUUAUUAUUAUCUGGUCCAGAACCUGGCGAGGUGCGCCAAGGGGGGCUGAGCUCGGCAGCCCCCCUCCCUGCCCCACUUGCAACCCAGCAUUUGGCUGGGGCUGAUAGGGAUUGACGUCCAAAAUGUCUGGCCCCGGGUGAGCAGAGGGUGUGCGCAUUGAGUGGGAAGGUGCCCUGUACACGUGCGCACUCUUCCGGCAGGGUACGAAACAGCUGGGCUGGAUGGGAUGGAGGGGAACUGAGCAUCUCUGCCCCUUGGCACCACGAGGGAGGCAUCUCAAGAACCACAGAAAGAGGACGAAACUGCCCUGUUGUUGUUCGCCUCCGUCUGUCUUGAGAAACAAGGGGUGAAGUCAAAGCGCAGCGUGAGCAACACCAAAUUCAGCUCCCUGGGGUGCAAGCCUGGGCGGUGUAUCUGGAGAUUCUGGGCUGCCUCGAUGACAAGAUCCCCCUCUUGGCCUCAUUGACGGGGUCCAAAGGAAAGCAGAGCAAGAUGUUUGGCACCAGCUUGGCGGCAGGAGCUGCCAAAAGGAGGCACAGAAGACACUAGCCAACAGCCUUAGGGACUCCACUCUGGAUCUGUGCAGAGUUUACUCCUUGUCCUUUUCUUCUCUGGAAGAUGUCCCACAAGGCAGCGGAGGUUUAGGAUCAGGAUUUUCCUUCUCCUAGAUGAGCUACCUUCCCAGGUGGAUGAUCCCCACCUGCCUCUCUCUCUUUAUAUACUGUAUUUUUCGCUCCAUAAGACGCACCUGACCAUAAGACGCAUCUAGUUUUUAGAGGAGGAAAACAAGAAGAAAAAAAAUUCUGAACAAAACAGUGGAUGUGUGAUUUUUGUGGUUCAUGCUGUGGCCACAGACAUGUGAUUUGACGGUGAGUUAUGGGUAGCCCAAUGCAAAAAUCCUGGAUCCAUGCUUUGUAACCACGUUUUUGCGCCAUUACGGCUCCACGCAACAGUGGGUGUGUGAUUUCUUUGGUGCAGGCUGUAGCCAUGGACAUGCAAUGUGAUCUGAUGGUGAAUUUGUAAAAAUCCUGAGCUGCUUGCCAUUCAGCGGCUUUGUUUCAACACUCACUUCCCUCCUUCAAAAAAAAGAGCAUGAUCUGCUUUUCGCCCCUGUGCAAUUCGGCUCCAGGGACCAUUUGCUCCAUAAGACGCACAGACAUUUCCCCUUACUUUUUAUGAAGAAAAAGGUGUGUCUUAUGGAGCAAAAAUGUUUAUUAUUUGUAAAGAUUUAAACAUACUACAAACAGCAAUUCAAAAUCUAAAUAGUGAGAUUACUCUGAAUCUCCUGACUUCCCCCAUCCCUUCCAUGCGUCCUGAUGAAAAUAUUUACAAUUGCAUAUCCAUAUUUAUCCAAAUAUUUUUAUUUCUGAAUUAUCCAUUGUGUCCGUUACUUUACAAGUGUCAUGAAAACCCUGCCAAUGUUUUGACCUGCUUGCAGUGGUCUUGUAUAUAAACUAUAAACUUUCCCCAUUCUUUUAUAAAGUUAUUGUCUUCUUGAUUUCUGAGCUUCCCAGUUCAUCUCGCCAUUUUGGCAUAGUCGGUCCUCUUGAUUUGCCAUUCUUCUCUGGUUGGGGUUGACUCUUCCUUCCAUUUCUGGGCCGAUAGUAUUUCCCCUCUCUUCCCUCUACAGCAGCCUUUCUCAACCUGUGGGUCCCCAGAUGAUUUUGGCCUACAACUCCCAUCACCCCUAGCUAGCAAGGCCAGAGCUCAGGGAUGAUGGGAGUUGUAGUCCAACAACAUCUGGGGACCCAAGGUUGAGAAACACCGCUCUACAUCAAGUGCAGGAAUGGCCUUCUUGACCAUUGGACCCCCUCUUGGUCUUGUCCACUCAAUUCAUCGAAGCCUCUCUUCAGAGGAGGCCCCCAACUCACCAAGGGUUCGAGACCCAUCAACCACCCUCACUUGGUAUACAAUUUAUAGAAUUUCCGUUUUCUAGGACAGAGGCCGCCCAUGGCGGAAAGAAGUUUGUGCAUGUCUGUACUUGCUGUGUACAUCCUUCUCACGUGCUCCUCUUCCUCUCCAGGCGGUGUGGUCCUCAUCUCUGGGACAGGCUCCACCUGCAAACUCAUCAAUCCGGACGGCUCUCAGGUCAGCUGCGGGGGAUGGGGCCACAUGAUGGGCGACGAGGGGUCAGGUGAGGACAGGACGCCUGGUCGGUGGGGUGCUUUGCUCAGGAGAUGCUGGGCUCAGGUUCUCUGGGGAUGAAGCAAACCACUUGGCUUUACAGAGGGACAUCUCAGGAGUGGCGCAGAUCUUCCCCAGAACCUCUGGAUUGGACCCCAUUAUCCAGACCGCGUGGCCAAUAGGGAGCCCAGACGCUUGGAAGGCCUUGCCACGUGGAUGGUAUCAUUGCGUAUCGAAAGGUGUGGCGAGAUCUUCAGAGCAUGGCUUGGCACCAGAGGUCAAUGGUCACGCUUGGGAGGCUUCUGGCAAUUUUCCACAGGCCUCAGAGCUUCCUUUAUAAGCACCUAGAAAAAUCCUGCUGAAUCAGCCCUGGGGGCCAACCAGAUGCCCAUUGUGGGGAACCCAAGCAGAAUCUGAGCCUGCAAGCUGUGAUUUCCAGCAGCUGAGGUUCAGAAGCAUUGCUGCCUGUGACUUUGGAGGCAGAACCUCCAAUAGCCCUCUCCUCCUCCAUGAAUUUGUCCAAUCCUCUUUGAAAGCCACCCCGGUUGGUGGCAGGGAGUUCCUUUAAAAAAAAAAAAAAUACAGUGGUACCUUGGGUUAAGUACUUAAUUCGUUGUGGAGGUCCGUUCUUAACCUGAAACUGUACUUAACCUGAAGCACCACUUUAGCUAAUGGGGCCUCCUGCUGCUGCUGCGCCACCGGAGCACAAUUUCUGUUCUCAUCCUGAAGCAAAGUUCUUAACCCGAGGUAAUAUUUCUGGGUUAAUGGAGUCUGUAACCUGAAGUGUCUGUAACCCAAGGUACCACUGUACUUUAUUUAGAAUUCAACAAUAACAAAGGGAAAAAACCACAGUACUUGCUACAUCAAUUCAUUACAAUUAAUCAACUUUAACAAUAUAUAAAUAAUAGAAAAAUUACACAUCACUUUUAACUUACUGAAGUUUUCAUAUUACACUUUUAUCUCUUUAUCUCUUUCUUAACAUAUCAAAAAGAGAAAGACCAAGGAAGGAGGCACAAUAAAGAACAGAGAAGAGGAAGAAGGGGGGGGGAGGGAAAGGGGGAAAAGGAAAAAAACCCAAAAGAAAACACAUUUAGCUUCUGAUUAGACUCAUUGUAUUAUUAUUUCUACAAUUUUUUCACACACAGUUCCAAGUUACUGCAUUUCUUUCUUUGUUUUCGUCAGAUAUAAAAAAAAAAAAUAUUUGUUGUUUUACAAGGAUGAUUCUAUUUCUGCCAGGAGGUAUUUGUUAUUAUAAUGCUUUUCCAAAUACUCUUUAAAGAUUUUCCAUUCCAUUUCCAUUCUGUGCUUUGUGUUUUGGAUAACCUCUAAUUCUCCCUGUCAUCAUGGCCAUCUGUAGGUAUUCCAUCAUUUGGACCUGCCACUCAUUUAUCGUAGGUGUUUUGUUACUUUUCCAUUUUCUUGCAGUUAAGAUCCUGGCUGCUACUGUUGUAUACAUAAAAAGUGGUCUAAUUUCUUUUUUGAUUUCUGGUGACAUUAUUCCCAGGAGGAAGGUUUCAGGUUUUUUCUUUAAUGAAAAGUUAAAUAGUUUUUAAAAUUCAUUAUAGAUGUUGUUCCAAAAUUCUUUAAUGGCUGUGCAUUCCCACCACAUGUGCAUAUAUGACCCUGUACCAUCUUUACACCUCCAGCAAAUUGGUGAUCUAUUUUUAUACAUCUUUGUGAGUUUUUCUGGAGUGUGGUGGUGACAGGGAGUUCCAUAGCCCUUCCUGUUCUCAGUCCUGAAUCUUCCCACAUCCCUAGUGCCGGGCGUAAUAUCCUCUUUUGGUGUCUGUAGCUUAUUGGAUCGCUCACCAGGCGGUGAAGAUGGUCUUUGACAGCCUGGACAACCUCAAAACACCUCCGCACGACAUCAGCUACGUCAAGCAAGCCAUGUUUGACUACUUCCAGGUAAACUGCCUGUCUAGUGGUCCGCCUGUCCACCCCAAUUUGUGCUUUUGUUUGACUCAUGGUGAGAGUUGGGGGCGCGAGAGGCUGGUCACUGGCUCUGGGAUCAUGGGAGAGAGAUCUCGGGUUGUUGACAAGGGACAAAAUACAGACACAGCCCACUGAAACCAAAAUCGACUGCAUUUUCCAGAAACUGGGAUUCUGGAACAUUUACUGUCUCCAUCUGCGGCAGCAGACCAGAGCCAUCAUAGCUCAGAUGUUCAAGAGGCUUGUUUGUGCUCUGAGACCUUUUCUGUAUUUCUCAGUAGGUCAUAAACAGGAGACCUUCCCUCUCCUAUGGUGCCCCCUUCCUGGCUCUGCCUCCCCUUUUAUCCCCAUCCGCCCGUCUGGCACCCUGCUGCUAUUUUGUGCUACAACUCCCAGCCGACAUGGUUGUGCCCUGCUGGGGCUGAUAGCGCAAAACAGCUGGAGGGCGCCGACUUGGCAAAGGCUACCUUAAAUGUUCUUUGUGGCUGCUGGAGCCAGGGAGGAACUUGCUCUGGAAUAGUCAAACAUAGGUUCAUAAGUGCAACUAUCUCCUCUAUAGAGCAUCCUUAACUGAUGCUUUUCCCAGGCUGCAAAGGUAGGCUUGGACGCAAGGUGGGGGAAUAUUUUUGGGGGGCGGGGGCAGGGAAAUCAUCUCCAGAGGACUUCUGUGUUUAAGAAGCAGAAUUUCAGUAGCAGAAUAAAUUAUGGUGACUGGGCAAAAAUGCAGUGGUGUUCCAGAUUCAGAUUUAUUUUUCUUCGUAAGUUCAGAAGUACAUGCCCUGCGUCUGUCCUCCAUCUUCCUCGCUUGCUCCGGGCUGGGGCUGGGUCCGGCCGUUUAAUGAUUAGCCUCUUUGCUCCCUUUUAAGCACCUGCCAAAGUCCACCUGGCCCAUUAGGGUUCUCAUGUCAUAUGACAGCUUUUAUGGCUUGUUUCAUCUGGCGUGAAAGGAGCCUCUGCAUUGUGCUUCCUUCUGCGUUUCCCAUUUCCCAAAGUUUCCUGUUUUAGUUAAAUAAAUUGUUUAAAUUGUUCUUAAGAAAAUGGUGAUUUUUCUCCUUCCAAUAAAGUACAGCAGAAAAGUUGUCCAAAUAUCAACAGUUAACUUAUUAAACCUCACAAUAAUUUCAUAAUUAUCUGUCUAUGUAUUUCUAAUAGUAUAACCAAAUGGGUAAUUUUUGAUAAAACUAUAAAAACUACUCAGAAAAUUUAUUAUUCCAAAAAUGAAACCUUCAUCUGGUUGUAAAUAUUAAGAUUAUACCAGCAAGAAUGAGUCUUUCUGUAAAAAAAUGAUUUAAAUCAAGUCUUACUGACCAGUGAUUUAAAUAGUGAUUCAAAUCCACCUUGGUUGCAAUCUAAGACAAAGAUGUGUUAGCCAGGGACGAUUCAGAUCAGUAUUGGUGCAUAGCUUAUAUGGGGAUCCUUUUGGGGGAUCCUUCCGAGUCAGAGAUCAGGGCAGAAAUCAUAGAUGACUUGCAUGCAACUGAACUUGUUUUCUCCUGUUCCCGCAGGUGACGGACAGGAUGGGGCUCCUGACUCACCUCUACAGAACCUUUGAGAAGUCCAAGUUUGCAGGGUUUUGCCAGAAGCUGGCUGAAGGUAUCUGGGGAGGGUGGGGGCGGUGAGCUGGCUUGGGGUGUACCAUGCUUCUGAACUUCCCAUCACCAUCAUCAUUUUUUAUUUGUAUGCCGCCUUUCCCCAGUUAAAAAAACAAUGCUCAAGGCGGCUUACAGCAUAACAAGAUUUGCAUAAUUACAAAGGCCAUAAACAAUGAAUAAACCACAUUUUAAAAAGAUACACAACCAAAUGUGAAACAAUUUCCACAUAAAUCAAAAUCUAAAACUAAGAAUACAGCAUUAAUAUCACAGUUUAAAAUGACAUAGGUAAAAAAUAACAGCAAUUUAAACGAAAAACAAAAACAAAAUGUAGCCCCCUCUGCCCAGAGACCUCGGUGGAGUUCAGAGUUGUUGUUGUUGUUGUUGUUGUUAUUAUUAUUAUUAUUAUUUAUUUAUUUAUAUACCGCCCUAUCUCAGGGCGGUUCACAGAAAAGAUCACAACAUAUAUAACCAACAACCUAGCCCUAUUACUCAGUUACAGGACAAAGGAACUCUGCACAUGCCCAGUAGCACUGUAUUGUUAUUUCAUGCUAUUGUUAUUUAGACAAGGCCUGGGUCCUGGAAAUUGUAUCUUGCCAAGAACAGAAAGCCAUGAAUUGUGUGUUAGGCUGCUAUCUGUGGGUCACUGGGCAGGGGACAGGAAACAGCCCACACCACUUCCAGAUGUUUAAUUCACUGGUUAGUUAGCCUAGGACUUGCCGAUCAGAAGGUCGGCAGUUCGAAUCCCCGCGACGGGGUGAGCUCCCGUUGCUCGGUCCCUGCUCCUGCCAACCUAGCAGUUCAAAAGCACGUCAAAGUGCAAGUAGAUAAAUAGGUACCGCUCGGGUGGGAAGCUAAAUGGCGUUUCCGUGCGCUGCUCUGGUUCGCCAGAAGCCGCUUAGUCAUGCUGGCCACAUGACCCGGAAACUGUACGCCGGCUCCCUCAGCCAAGAAAGCGAGAUGAGCGCCGCAACCCCAGAGUCGGCCACGACUGGACCUAAUGGUCAGGGGUCCCUUUACCUUUAAGGUAGUCUCUAAGGGAGUAUAUUGUAUUCAAUUAUGGGGUAUCAGAGUUUUUAGGGGGUUAACCAGGCUGGGAUAGCAGGCUUGUUGGUUUUUGAAUGUCUGAUGUAGAUUUUUCAAUUUCGUUGUUCUGUAUGGAACAAUGACAGUAAAGAUUAUUGUAUCAUAAGGUGGUCACCACAGCAGUUACAUUCAAAGGCUCCAGUUAUUGGUUCCGCAGGCAACAGGGAGAGCCAUGGUCCUGUGGUCUGUUGUGCUGGCAGAACAUAAGAAGACCCCUGUGAAAUCAGACCCAGGGCCCUUCUAGUCUGGCAUCUUGUUCUCCCUGUGGCCAAACCUGUGGUGAGCAGGAUCCUGGCCCCAGAGCCAGUCUCCCCGCCUGCUCUUUCCAGCAACUAGCAUUCAGGAACAUCGCUGCCUCCAACUGUGGCAGAGCCAUCCUGGCUCACAGCCAUCCCUGGCCCUUUCCUCGGUGCAUUUGGCUCAUCCUCUUUCAAAGCCUUCUAGGUUGGUUGCCACCGGUGCCUCCUGUGGCAGGGAGUUCCACAGUCUAACUAUGCGCUGUGAGAAGAAAUGUCAGGUGGAUGAUGGGAGCUGUAGUCCAAAUUGGCCAGAGGGCAGCAGGUUGGGGAAAGCCGGGCCUCAUUGUUUUUGCACCUCUGAAGAAUUUAUGUGAAGGAAAAAAUUCUCAUUGGUUUGAAAAGGAAAUGGCAUCCCGGAUGUCGGAGACUCGUUUUCCAGCUUUCAGUCUGCCUGGGGCUUCUUGCAGAUCUUCCUGUAGGAUCAUGAAGAUGCCUGAAAUAACACUCAUUUGACCCAAAUGGUUCAUGCUUUCAAAGAGGGCAGGUCGGUUUCAGGACCAACACUAUUCCUAUGAUUGCGAUUUGGCUCAGCUGUCUUUAAUUCUCGAUUUCAAAUUGCUUCAAACUCGCCCUGGGACCUGCUGGCGAAGGGUUCAUAACGGGAACGAUUAACCGUCGCAAUAAGUUUCCUUCCUUCCCAAAUCAUUUCCGUGCUUGAAACCAGCCAGUUACUCUCCCCAUGUCUGCGGACAAGGGCUGUUCCUCUUGGUCUGAAAAAUCCUCUGGAAAACAAUUAAUGCAAGCAAAACCGCUGCUGCUGCGUUUGGGGCUGUGACUUCCGCGGCACCAUUUUCAGAUGCUGACCCGGGUUGCCCUUUGGCCAAAGGGAGCUGGCUGGGAGCCAGUCUGGGAGCUGCCAGUUAAAUUUCCUGCUGCCCCAAAGGCAUCGCAGGAACUUUUUAGUGGAGACCCUCUGAAUUCCCCACUUGAGCCCACCAGGAGGGCUGCCCUAGGAAGCCGCCAGGGUGACGUCAGGCCUGCCCUGAGUCGGGAAGGACCAAGCAGUCAUCUAGACCAGGGGUCAGUAAACUACGGACCGCGGGGGUCGUUAAACCGUUCCCCAGCCCUUGCCGCCCGCUGGGUCAGUCCCCGCGCGGAGCUAAACCGACUGACUUCCGGGACGCAGCCAAUAGGAAGCUGCAGACACCUCUUCCUCUCCCGCCAUGGCUCUGAAAGCCAGCGGGGAAAGAGCGGUGGCUGUGUGCGCAUGCGCACGGUGCACGCGCUCUUGCACACGAGCAAUCCGGCCCGCCGGCGGAAGUUUGCCGACCCCUGAUCUAGACCAGGGGUCAGCAAACUUUUUCAACAGGGGGACAGUCCACUGUCGCUCAGACCUUGUGGGGGGCCAGACUAUAUUUUUUUUUGGGGGGGAAAUGAACAAAUUCCUGUGCCCCACAAAUAACUCAGAGAUGCAUUUUAAAUAAAAGGACACAUUCUACUCAUGUAAAAACACCAGGCAGGCUCCACAAAUAACCCAGAGAUGCAUUUUAAAUGAAAGGACACAUUCUACUCAGGUAAAAACAAGCUGAUUCCCAGACCGUCCAUAGGCCGGAUUGAGAAGGUGAUUGGGCCGGAUCCGGCCCCCAGGCCUUAGGUUGCCUACCCCUGAUCUAGACCAACCCUGCAGUGCACCAGGGCUGCUUUCCUUAAUCUUCCGUAUCUUCCACACUGAAGGUUAUUUUUUUAGUCGCUUUGUAAGCCACGUUUCUAAACUCCAGCGGCUUCCAAGUUUUGUGAAACGAUUAAACAAGGGCAAAAUCUCUCUCCAUGCAGGAGCCAAGGCUGGGGACCCCCUUUGCUGCUAUGUUUUCAACAAGGCUGGAGAAGUUCUGGCCCGGCACAUCGUAGCUGUGCUGCCAAAAGUUGAUCAGGUAAGCUGUGAAAGGAAGGGGCGGCAGGGGGCAGGUCAGAACAGAGGGGUCGGGGGCUGGAUCUCCCCAGGACACGGUCACCAAGAGGCUGGCUGGCCGGUCCAGAGAAGACUUUGGUCCGUGCAGUUAGAAGCCACUGGAUGGACUGCAAUCCUGCAGCCCUGGUGUGCUCUGAAAAGCAGUUAUAAUAUGAAAAAUUCCAUAAUUAUUAUUAAUUAUUAUUAGUAGUAGUAACAGUACUCCAUCCACAUGACUGGGUUGCCCCAGCCACUCUGAGCUACUUCUAACAUGGUAACAGUGGGGCGACAUUCUCCCCCCCCCCAAAAAUACCUUUGGAGGUAAUGCCGCCCCAGCUAGGUUGGUAAAGGUGACCACUGCCUGUUGGGUUGGGGUGCCACACUUCUCUGGGUGGGGUCUAAGCAGGCUUCCUGCCUUGCGGCUUAUUUCAAGAUUCCAGUUCUGUCCUGAUAGAAUCGUACAAUUGUAGGUUUGGAAGGGACUUGAGGGUCAUCUAGCCCAACCCCCUGCCAUGCAGGAAUCUCAGGAUAACCGGCAUGCGCACCUAAAGGUGCCAGUGUGGUUAUUUGUACAGAUGACUUUGUCUUAUCUCGCCUGGAAACCUGAAACCGUAAAGGGAAUUGUAGAAUUGGAAGGGACCCUGAAGGUCAUCCAGUCCAACCCCCUGCUAUGCAGAGUCAGGGGUGCUUCUCUCUGGGUUUCCAGAGGGCGCCUGCCACACAUUCCCAGAGGCACCUUAACUCUGCUGGCGUGCUGGGCUACUUUGCGGAAGGUUUGGGCAGUCCCAGGAUGGGAGCCUUCCUGGGAAAGGCCCUGCGUGCAGGAAAGGGGGGGGAUAGGAAAUAAAUGUCAGAAAUGAAUCCUCAGAGGCUCUUUCGUGCCCUUCUUUCUCCUCCCUGCCAGAGCCUCUUCCUAGGAGACCUGGGACUGCCCAUCGUGUGCGUUGGAUCGGUGUGGAACAGCUGGGACAUGAUGAAAGGAGGUGAGCGGCUGUCGGGGAUGAAGGCAGACGAGAGUCGCGCACCUCUUUGGCGAGGCCGGGGAUGUUUUGCUGCAAAGAGUGUUGUGGAAUUGCAGAGUUGGAAGGGACCCGAGGAUCAUUUAGUCGAACCCCCUACGAUACGGGAAUCACAGCUCCUGUGCUGCCUCCCGUUUGCCUGCGCGGAGUGUCCAUCUGGGUACCGAAUUAGCACCUGGUAGGGCAGGUGGCGCUGUGGGUUAAACCACAGAGCCUAGGACUUGCCGAUCAGAAGGUUGGCGGUUCGAAUCCCCGCGACGGGGUGAGUUCCCGUUGCUCGGUCCCUGCUCCUGCCAACCUAGCAGUUUGAAAGCACGUCAAAGUGCAAGUAGAUAAAUAGGUACCGCUCCGGCGGGAAGGUAAACAGCAUUUCCGUGUGCUGCUCUGGUUUGCCAGAAGUGGCUUAGUCAUGCUGGCCACAUGACCCGGAAGCUGUACGCCGGCUCCCUCGGCCAAUAAAGCGAGAUGAGCGCUGCAACCCCAGUCGUCCACGACUGGAUCUAAUGGUCAGGGGUCCCUUUACCUUUAGGGAUUGGUGUCCUCCGAAUGACUGUUCCCUGCCUCUUUUCCUCUUCCAGGCUUCAUCCGCAUCCUCGACCAGGCACACAGAGAACAGCCCGGCAGUGCCUUCUCCAGGUUCAGCCUCCUGAAGCUGAAGCAGUCCUCGGCACUGGGAGGGGCUAGCCUAGGGGCCAAGCACAUUGGCCAAGCCCUCCCCCUGGACUACGCAGCCAACGUGAAUGUCUUCUACACACACUCCUUUGCCUAGAUGUGCAGGAUGCUCCCCACCCCAUGACCUGACCUGUCCUGCUCUUUCUCGUUCUCUUUCUCUCCAUGCCAUGGACCCGUUUUUUAAAUGUUCAAAGACUGCCUGUUCUGCUUCGGAAGGACGUUUUUGUAGGGGCAUGUUUCGUAACGUUCAUUAAAAAAAAGAAACAAAGCAAGAC